GAAGGAGAUAGAGGUGGGCAGAGGUGUGACUGAGUGGACAGGCAGAGGCAGAAGGAGGGUCAGAGCCAGCUGGGCAUUUGCCAUAUCUUGGUUUUAUUCUGGGUUUUUUAAAGAGGGGGGGAAGUAUAACUAUAGCAGUAGUUUCGGAUUAAAUCGGAUAGGCUGUUUCUCCAAAUUCUUUGGAGUUCUCCUGCACUUUCAGGCUGAGCUGUAUAUUUGGAGGUAGUGGUCUAGGUGGAGUUUUCUUGGCCCUCGCUGCUAACUGAUUAUCUUGUCCUCGUCGCAUUUCAGCGCAAACCCACCCCCUACGACUCACGGAUUACAAUGCAAAGGAUUUUGGAGGUUUGGGUCACCUUGGUGACAGUUUCUGCGCUUACCAAAUGUGUCUUUGGGGGAUACGGGUUCAGCAUGUUUGCUGCACAGUCUUCCCCUCCGGACCCGUGCUAUGACGAGAACGGGAAUCCUCGGAGAUGCAUCCCCGACUUUGUCAACUCUGCUUUUGGGAAGGACGUGCGCGUGUCCAGCACCUGCGGCACUCCGGCCGCCCGCUACUGCGUGGUGACCGAAAAAGGAGAGGAGAGGAGUAGGGACUGUCACACGUGCGACUCCGGAGAUCCCAAAAAGUCCCAUCCACCUGCCUAUUUGACAGACCUCAACAACCCUCACAACCUCACCUGCUGGCAGUCUGAAAACUAUGUGCAGUAUCCGCAGAACGUCACUCUCACCUUGUCCUUGGGUAAAAAGUUUGAGGUCACCUAUGUGAGCCUGCAGUUCUGCUCGCCCAGACCCGAGUCCAUGGCGAUCUACAAGUCCAUGGACUAUGGCAAAUCGUGGGUACCUUUUCAGUUUUAUUCCACUCAGUGCAAGAAGAUGUACAACCGGCAGAACAGGGCAGCAAUUACGAAGCAGAACGAGCAAGAGGCGAUCUGCACGGACUCCCACACAGACAUGCACCCGCUGACAGGUGGGCUCAUAGCCUUCAGCACGCUGGACGGCAGACCGUCGGCACACGACUUCGAUAACUCUCCGGUGCUUCAGGACUGGGUGACAGCCACGGACAUCAAGGUGAUUUUCAGCCGGCUUCACACGUUCGGAGACGAGAACGAGGACGACUCCGAGCUAGCCCGCGAUUCCUACUUUUACGCAGUGUCGGACCUGCAGGUCGGAGGACGGUGCAAGUGCAACGGGCACGCUUCAAAGUGCGUCAAGGACAGAGAGGGGAAUCUGGUUUGCGAGUGCAAACACAACACGGCGGGACCGGAGUGCGACAGGUGCAAACCUUUCCACUACGACCGACCCUGGCAGCGCGCCACGGUUAGAGAAGCCAACGAAUGUGUCGCCUGCCACUGCAAUCUGCAUGCCCGCCGCUGUCGUUUUAACAUGGAGCUGUACAAGCUGUCCGGCCGUAGAAGCGGUGGAGUCUGUCUCAACUGUCGCCACAACACAGCAGGACGCCACUGUCACUACUGCAAGGAGGGUUACUACAGGGACAUGACCAAAUCCAUCUCUCACCGCAGAGCUUGCAAAGCAUGCGAUUGCCAUCCAGUUGGAGCAGCAGGGAAGACGUGUAAUCAGACAACAGGCCAGUGUCCCUGCAAGGACGGCGUGACGGGGAUCACCUGCAACCGCUGUGCCAAGGGCUACCAGCAGAGCCGCUCUCCCAUAGCCCCCUGUAUCAAGAUCCCAGCUGCAUCUCCGACAGCGACUUACAGCAGCUAUGAGGAGCCGACAGAUUGUGAAUCUCACUGUAAAGUUUCCAAGGGCAAAAUGAAGAUCACGUUGAAGAAAUACUGUAAAAAAGACUACGCUGUUCAAGUGCACGUUCUUAAGGGUGACAAGGCGGGCGAGUGGUGGAAGUUCACGGUCAACAUCAUUUCUAUCUACAAACAAGGUGAGCACCGCAUUCGUCGUGGAGACCAGCUGCUGUGGGUGCGCGCCAAGGACGUGGCCUGCAAAUGUCCCAAGAUUAAGCCCGGAAGGAAGUACCUGCUCCUGGGUACAGACGACGACUCCCCUGGGCAGAGCGGCGUAGUUGCCGACAAGGGAAGCCUCCUCAUCCCUUGGAAGGACCUGUGGGGCCGCAGGCUGAGGAAGUUCCAACAGCGCGACAAGAGGGGGAAGUGCUAAAAGUAUCUGCAGAGGAGAGGGAAAAAAGAGUCAGAGGCAGAAUUAGGCCUCUGAUGGGAUGAAAUCAAGGACGAGGGAUAAGGAUGGAUGAAAAAAAAAACUGGAAGAAUUAAAAAUAGAGAGACAGGUAAUACGUAGGAGAAAUGUGGAAAUGACUGAGUGCUGCUGCUCUGAGCUGGAGCGAAGAGUUUAGUGUUUUCUUCUUUAGGAACAGUUGUGAAGGAGCUCAUUCAACAGUCUGUCUUUCAGCGGUUGUUUUGUUGUAUUAUUGCAGAGUUUGCACCUAGUGUUACAGAUAUGUCUCACCCUGAUCAUUUUACCCACAAUGCAUUUUUAUUAAAGCCCCUUGCUCGGUUUUUAAAGAGUGACACAUCUUCUCUGUCACCCUGUUUGUGUCUUCAGAGGAUCUUUUUCCACUGUGCUGUAAAAAUCAUUGUCUAGUUCAAUGAAGACUUAUAGCACGGCCGUAGUUUCUCUCCACAACCUGCCAAACGUUAGCAAAAAAGUUUCAGAUACAAGUGAAAAAAUGGUAAUUGUUGUCUUAUAGUGCCAUUCUUGCUCAUAGGCGAGUGUUACCUCAGUAAAACAAGAAAAAAAAUGCCAUUUUUCUGUACAAUGAUCUCACUACAAGCAAGCCUUUGCUCAGCGCUUAUUGAUAUAUCAACAGUAUGUUGUGGUUGUGACCUCUGCAAUGUAAAGUAACCAUAUUUGGAUACAUAGACAUUAUUUUUAGUAGACGAUGCCGUUGCAUCAAGUAGGUGUAGAGUAGAUUUGUCAACCAUGCACUUAUUUUUACUAGUCAGACGUUUAAGAACAUAUAAAAUAUGUUCCAACAUUUUUAGAGUGCUGUCCAAAAAAGGGAAAAAAACAAGCCUUUACCAUUUAAUAGAAUGUAUAGCUAGUAGAAACCCCGCUUGCCUCACUCAUGACUCCAUAGGCUGAUGUUUCUGGUGGACUGUAACAACCCUGUAUAAAUCACAACUACAGUGGAGUCAGAAUGUAGUUUUUUUUUUUCUUUAAUAAAGGACUAAUUGUAAGUUGGACUUCCCAAGCAUUUCCCAGUGGGAGAACUGAUGAAGUGAACUAUUUCACCUCAUUAAAUAAAGGGG